AUGAAAUUGAAUCUUGCCGUUUAUACUUUGAUGCUGGUGACGACAACCGUCUGUCUAACAGAAAGCGAUGCCUUUACUCCACGCGCCUUCGGUGUCACUUCCCCUCGUCAAGGCCUUGCUCGGUUCGAGAGCUCUUCAAAGGAUGAAAGCAAUCUCAUAGAGGAUAUUGCCGAGCUGGUCACUACGGACUCGAUGAUGGCAACGAUCAAAUCUUCAAACCAGCAAUCCGCAAAGUCACAACCUAAUGAAGGAAUGAUUGAACAAGCUGAACGUACUCCCUUAUCGUCUACAAGCGGCAACUUUGCUUUAUUUCAGAAUGAUGGACCUCUGGCGUGGAUGCAAGACUUUCUGGACCUUUUCGGCAUCAAAGAAGGCAAAGGAAUGGCGUACGGGCCAAUUCCAGUCGACGUGGAAGACUCAGAGCGAGUCUCGCCAGAGGUGGUGGCCCAGCGUCGGCAAAAAGCCACUCAAGAUUUGGUUAAUAUUGGACCGCAAGAACGGCAGCGUCGUGAGGUAGCGGGGAAUGUUUUGGCCUGCAUCUCCGCUGUCUACGUGGUCUGGGCAACCUUAUUUGCCGAUCACGGCGACUUUGGUGGUCACGUCUUGCGACUUCUAGCUGUGAUACCAAUCUUCUUGGCGGUGGGGUACAAAGAGUCUGCAAAAACUGGCUUAUGA